ACUCUUCACUUUCCCUCUUGCCCAAACGCUCUCUCUUUCAUUCUCUCACUCACUCUUCGUUUUAAAAUCAACGAGGUUUCGAACCUCAAACCCUAGCUACGAAACCAUGGAGUGGAACCCUCAAACUCUCCAAUUCCUCUCCGAAUGCUUCCUCCACACUCUCUCUCCGGCACCGGAGCCUCGCCGCCGCGCCGAAUCCUCACUCGCCGAUGCCGCUGCCCAACCCAACUUCGCCCUCGCCGUCAUCCGCCUCGUCACCGAACCUUCCAUCGACGAGCAGAUCCGCCAAGCCGCCGCCGUCACCUUCAAGAACCACCUCCGCCUCCGCUGGUCCACCGACGACGCCCCGAUCCUCGAGCCUGAGAAGGAGCAGAUCAAAACCCUAAUCGUCCCGCUCAUGCUCUCCGCUACUCCCAAAAUCCAGGCGCAGCUCAGUGAAGCCCUAGCCAUCAUCAGCAACCACGAUUUCCCCAAAUCGUGGCCGCAGCUUCUACCGGAACUCAUCUCCAGCCUCCAGACUGCGUCGCAGGCCUCCGAUUAUGCUUCCAUUAACGGUAUUCUCCGUACUGCUAAUUCUAUUUUCAAGAAGUUUCGAUUCCAGUACAAAACCAAUGAUCUCUUGCUUGAUUUGAAGACGUGUUUGGAUAAUUUUGCUCGGCCUUUACUUGAGAUUUUCCUUAAAACCGCUUCGUUGAUCGAUGCUGCUGCCGCGAACCCGGCUACGGCCGCGGCGAAUUUGCGACCCCUUUUCGAGUCGCAGAGGUUGUGCUGUAGGAUAUUUUACUCGCUGAAUUUUCAGGAGCUCCCUGAGUUUUUUGAGGAUCACAUGGGUGAGUGGAUGAAUCAGUUCCGAAAAUACCUCACUACUAGCUACCCUGCCCUUGAGGGAAGUGGUCCUGAUGGUGUUGCGCUUGUGGAUGAUCUUAGGGCUGCUGUUUGUGAGAAUAUUAAUCUGUACAUGGAAAAGAAUGAGGAGGAGUUCCAGGGCUUCCUCAAUGAUUUUGCUCUUGCUGUGUGGACUUUGCUGGGGAAUGUGUCCCAGUCGAGCAGCCGUGAUCGUCUCGCCAUCACAGCGAUCAGGUUUCUGACCACGGUUAGUACCAGUGUUCACCAUGCUUUGUUUGCUGGUGAUGGGGUUAUACCACAGAUUUGCCAGGGGAUUGUGAUCCCAAAUGUGAGGUUGAGGGAAGAUGAUGAGGAGCUGUUUGAGAUGAAUUAUAUUGAGUUUAUUAGGAGAGAUAUGGAAGGCAGUGAUCUUGAUACCCGGAGGAGGAUUGCUUGUGAGCUGCUUAAGGGUAUUGCAACCCAUUAUGGAGAUGCUGUCAGAAGCAUUGUUUCUGCACAGAUACAAAGUUUAUUAAGUUCCUUUAAUGCAAACCCUGUGGCAAAUUGGAAGGACAAGGAUUGUGCUAUAUACUUGGUAGUGUCUCUUGCAACCAAAAAGGCUGGAACCAGUUAUGUCUCCACAGAACUUGUUGAUGUUCCCAGUUUUUUCGAAGCUGUGAUUGUCCCUGAGCUUGUGAUUGCCCCUGAGCAGCAAAGAGAUGUGAAUAAGCAUCCUAUGCUUAAGGCUGGUGCACUCAAAUUUUUUACUAUGUUCCGGACUCAAAUAUCCAAGCAUGUGGCGUUGAAGUUCUUUCCAAAUUUGGUUAAUUUCCUUGCUGCAGAGUCCAAUGUUGUUCAUUCAUAUGCUGCAAGCUGCAUUGAAAAACUCUUGUUGGUGAAGGAUGAAGGUGGCAGAGCGCGUUAUACUUCAGCAGAUAUCAAUCCAUUUUUCGAAAUGCUGAUGAUCAAUCUUUUCGGCACCUUCAAGCUACCAGAGUCUGAAGAGAAUCAAUAUGUGAUGAAAUGUAUUAUGAGGGUUCUUGGGGUUGCAGAUAUAACGGUUGAUGUUGCUCGAUUUUGCAUCGAGGGGCUGGCUUCUCUUCUUUCCGAAGUUUGCAAAAAUCCAAAAAAUCCCAUCUUCAAUCACUAUCUCUUUGAGUCAGUGGCCAUUCUUGUGAGGCGGGCUUGUGAGAGGGACUCAUCUCUUGUAUCUGUUUUCGAGACAAGCCUUUUUCCUAGACUUCAAAUAAUAUUAUCCAAUGAUGUAACUGAGUUUUUCCCAUACACAUUUCAGUUGCUUGCCCAGCUUGUUGAGUUAAACAGACCCCCCAUCCCACCACUCUACAUGCAAAUAUUUGAGAUUCUUUUGUCACCUGAGUCAUGGAAAAGAGCCUCAAAUGUUCCUGCCCUUGUGCGUCUACUCCAGGCCUUCCUUCAGAAGGCACCAAAUCAGAUCUGCCAAGGGGAUAGACUGACCAAAGUGCUUGGCAUAUUUGACACUCUAAUACAAGCUUCAAGCACAUCUGAACAAGGAUUUUACGUGCUUAACACUGUCAUUGAAAGUCUUGAGUAUGAUGCUAUUAAGCCUUAUAUUUCUCACAUUUGGGCUGCUCUUUUCAGAGAGCUCCAGAGAAGGCGGACAUCAGUAAAGCUCAUCAAAUCUCUCUUGAUAUUUAUGUCACUCUUUCUGAUUAAGCAUGGCACUUCAAAUGUUGUUGAUACUAUGAACAGUGUUCAGCCGGGUAUAUUUACUAUGAUUUUGAAUCAGUUCUGGAUUCCUAAUCUUAAGCUAAUUACUGGAGCUAUAGAGCUCAAAUUGACUGCAGUUGCUUCAACCAGACUUAUCUGUGAGUCUCCAGUCCUUUUAGAUCCUGCAGCUUCUGCAUCCUGGGGUAAGAUGGUGGAUAGCAUUGUCACACUUCUUUCCCGGCCAGAAGAGGAUAGAGUUGAGGAAGAACUUGACAUGCCAGAUAUUGCAGAAAAUGUGGGUUAUACGGCCACCUUUGUUCGACUUUACAAUGCUGGAAAGAAAGAAGAAGAUCCACUUAAAGAUAUAGCAGAUCCCAGGCAAUUUUUUGUUGCUUCAUUGUCUCAACUUUCUACAGUUUCCCCUGGGAGGUACCCUAAGGUCAUCAGUGAAAAUGUUGAUCCGGCAAAUCAAUCAGCAUUGGUUCAGCUUUGCAACACUUACAAUCACUCAAUAGUUUGAGACUGAGAUCUUGUGCUGGAAUCUGAUAGGGUAUUAUUGUCUGGGUCCUCAGCCUUCUGCGUCAUUUAUGGGAUUGCAAAGGGUAAUUGCAUUGCAACAUUGAAGUGCGACCGAUUAUUAUCAUCAUUCAUUUUUGUCGGUGCCAUGAUCUUAUGUAGCGAUGAACUGGGAUUUCUGGUUGGUCCCAUUUUGGAUACUGUAGGCAUGUGUAUGCCUUUGAAGUGCCAUUUAAUUUUUUUUUUCAUGCUCCCCUUUCCCUAUUUCCCUGCUGUUAAGCUUAUUGAGCAUGUCUGUGAGCAAAUUGUAAGGAAUAUCUGCGGUCAAUUUUCUGUAAGCUUGCAUAUUAUCAAAGUAAAUUUCAUACUAAGGUAUCUUGUCUUUCAUGGUUCA